GACCCGCCGAACCUGCCUCGCAUCACACAUCACGCACAGGGGAGAGAAAAAGAGAGAAAUAACGACGGUCAUGCCAAUCCCCCUCUUUACCACCGAAAAGCCUUCCAACUCUGAGGCUGCCCAGUCACCUUCCCAAGCGGCGCUGGCUUCGGAAACAUCCCAGUGCACGGACGCAGUUAGUGGUGAUACGACCACUGCUACUAGUACGAGAGAGCCUGGGCGUAGGAGCUCUGCCGAACGGACCAGGAAGGGGGAGGAGGAGGCUGCGGAUAGGGCUUAUCUGGAGAGGAUGGAGGAGGAGUAUGCUAAGAGGGAGGGGGGUGCUUGAUCGAAAUCUGGGGUUGGGUCACUGUCGGAGGGAAGGAGAGAGGGAUGUCGGAGGUAGUUAGGUUAGGGAUACCGGUAUCUGGCUUGGGGUUUUUCUUUAUUUUAUGCACUCGGGGGUUUCCCUCUUUACUACGUACUCGAGUAGGGUACCUCUCUACUCCCGGGUCUCAGGAUAAGCCAUAGCAAUGAAUGCUCUACCUUAGUCUA